AUGGCCAAGAAUGAAUCUAAUAAAAUAACGAGACUGGCAAUUGUUAAUUAUGAACUAUGUAAACCGAAGGAAUGUAUGUCAGAAUGUAAAAAGGCGUGUCCUGUUAAUAAAACAGGAAAGGAGUGUAUUACAAUUGAUACUAAAUCACAUAUCUCAGAAAUUCUGUGUAUAGGAUGUUCUGCGUGUCAAAAGAAAUGUCCUUUUAAGGCGAUUACAAUUGUAAAUUUACCUACAAAUCUAGAUAAAGACAUUUCACAUAGAUAUUCGGCAAAUGGUUUUAAACUUCACAGAUUACCAAUCCCUAAAUAUGGUAAGGUUUUAGGGCUAGUAGGCACUAAUGGUAUAGGAAAAAGUACUGCACUUAAAAUAUUAUCGGGCAAUCUUAAACCAAACUUAGGAAAGUUCGACGUUACGCCCGACUGGGCAGCAAUUCUAAAUAAUUAUAAAGGAUCUGAACUUCAUGGAUUUUUUACUAAAAUUUUAGAAGGGUCUAUUAAAGCUAUUUCUAAGAUACAGUAUAUAGAUAAAAUGCCUAAAUUUUUAAAAGGACGCUAUAAGUCAGAAAUCGCCUCCGGAAAAAUGUUGUUUACUGUUAAUGAUAUAUUAAAAAAAGUUGAUGAAAAAAAUAAAUUUGACUAUUACGUAGAUAAAAUGGCACUUAAAAAUGUAUUAACAAGAGAAUUAGAGCAAUUAAGUGGUGGUGAACUUCAAAGAUUUUGUAUUGCAUACACAUGUUUACAAGAAGGAAAUGUUUAUAUUUUUGAUGAACCCACUAGUUUUUUGGAUGUUAAGCAGCGACUAGCAGCUGCUAAGGAAAUAAGAAAUUUGUGUGAAGAAAAUAAAUAUGUUGUAGUUGUCGAACACGAUUUAGCCAUUUUAGAUUUGAUGUGUGAUUUUGGAUGUGUUCUAUACGGACAAUCUGGGGCAUACGGUGUAAUAAGCGCACCAUACGUUAUUAAAUCAGCAAUAAAUAUAUUUCUUGAUGGAUUUUUGCCUACAGAAAACAUGAAAUUUAGAAAUUCAGAGUUAAAGUUUAAUAUUUCGGAAACACUUGAUAGUAUUAUAUCUACCAGAGACCAGUAUCAUUAUCCCAAUUUGAUAAAAACAUAUCCAAAUUUUACGCUUAAAGUUGAAGGCGGUAACUUUUCAGAUUCUGAAAUUGUUGUAUUUCUUGGUGAAAAUGGAAUGGGCAAAACUACUUUAGUAGGUUUGAUUUCGGGGUUAAUUAAAGAUGAUAACGGGGAAGAGUUCGGUUUGUUGUCAUAUAGUCUUAAACCGCAAAAAAUCAUACCGAAAUACAAAGGAACAGUUAGAGAUCUUUUUAUGUCAAAAAUUCGUUCUUCCUUUUUAGACGCUAAUUUUGUUAAUGAAGUUAUUAAACCUUUAGAUAUUCAUCAUUUAUACGACCAACUUGUAGAAAACUUGAGUGGUGGAGAAUUACAAAGAAUUGCAAUAAUAAUAUGUUUAGGAAAAGAUGCUAACCUUUAUUUAUUAGAUGAACCUUCUGCGUAUCUAGAUUCAGAUCAGAGAAUAGCGAUUUCAAAAGUUAUAAAAAGGUUUAUUUAUGGGAAGAAGCGAACAGCCUUUGUGGUUGAACAUGAUUUAAUUGUAGGUACAUAUUUGGCUGAUAAAGUUGUUGUUUUUGAGGGAAGCCCUAGUGUUCAUAGCACUGCUCAUAAACCGAUGGAUUUGCAUAGUGGAAUGAAUAUUUUUUUAAAGAAUCUUGAUAUUACUUUUAGAAGAGACUCUUCCAAUUUUAGACCAAGAGUUAAUAAGCCGAAUUCCGCAAAAGACAGAACUCAGAAAGAAGAGAAUAAAUAUUUUUUUUGA